UUCAUGUACUUUUGGUGUCAUUUCAAGUCUCUCUUUUGCAAGCACUGCAACCUUAUCUGGUUACAAAUUCUCUUCUUACAAAUUUUCUUCUUUCCCGAAGAAGAUGAUGGUUGUGAAAUCCAAAGGAAUACGGGCUUGUAGUUCUUUUAUGAGGUUUAUCUUGCUUGUAGUAGUAUAUGCUAUUUGCUUAGAAACAAAUGUCAUGGCAUCUGGUUCUUCAAGAUUUAGGAAUUCUGAGGCUAAAUCUAUCGUUCAAAUGCAUACUAGAAGGAAACUAGAUGAUAUAGCUGGCUCCAUAAACAUUGAUUGUGGACUAUCAGAAGAUUCCAGCUCUACCGAAGUAAAAACUGGCAUGCAUUACAUUUCAGAUACGUUAUAUACUAAUACAGGAGUGAAUAAGAAAAUAUCUUCAAACUUCAGUUCUGAUGCACAAUUUCCAGUAUCCCUGAUGACUGUCAGAAGUUUUUCUCAAGGAAUCAGAAACUGCUAUACCCUGAGACCACCAGAAGGCAAAGCUAGUAUCUACUUGAUUAGAGCAUCCUUCAUGUAUGGAAAUUAUGAUAAUCUGAAUCAAUUGCCACAAUUCAGUUUAUAUCUUGGAGUUAAUUUGUGGGAUACGGUGAAGUUUGAUAAUGCGUCUCAUGUGGUAAUUAAGGAGAUCAUACAUGUCCCAGCGUUGAAUGACAUAUAUGUCUGUCUCCUAAAUACUGGCUCAGGAACCCCUUUCAUAUCAGCUCUCGAGCUAAGGCAUUUCCAUAACUCCACUUACAGAACUGAAUCCGGAUCAUUAGUUCUAUUCCAGCGAUUGGAUUUUGGCUCGACAACUAAUGAGAUAGUAAGGUACCAUGAUGAUGCUUACGAUCGUAUAUGGUUUCCUUAUAACUGCCCUCAAUAUGCUGCAUUGAGUACUUCCUUUGCAGUUGAUUCCCUUAAGACCACCGACUUCAAUUUACCUUCAAAGGUGAUGCAAACUGCUGUCGAGCCAAUGAAUGCUAAUGAAUCACUAAAUUUCGAGUUUGACAUUGGCACUCCGAAUAUGAAUUUCUACAUUUACAUGCACUUCGCUGAAGUUGAAAGUAUUCAAAGAAAUCAAUAUAGAGGAUUCAACAUUGCAUUGAAUGGUAAGCUGUUCAAUGAAGGAGUUGUUUUGAAGUACCUGCAGUCGAUGACUAUAUCCACCAUGCAGCCAAUGAGAGGAGCCAAGAUUAGCAUCUCUCUUAAUAAGCUGCCAAAUUCUACCCUUCCUCCAAUUCUGAAUGCAAUGGAAAUAUAUCUGAUGAACGAAUUCUGGCAGCAACCUACAUACCAAGAAGACGCUAACUCUAUUGAGGACAUCAUGUCGAGCUAUAAUGUCGGUAAAGGCUGGCAAGGAGAUCCAUGUCUGCCUGCUCCAGCUUGGGAUGGCCUAAAUUGCAGCGACAAUGGCUAUGAUCCUCCAAGAAUUAUCUCUUUGAAUUUAUCAUCAAUUGGAAUAACAGGGCAGAUAUCUUCUUCAUUAUCCAAUCUGAAGUUCUUGCAGCACCUCGACCUGUCAAACAAUAGCCUAACAGGAGCAGUGCCUGAAUUUCUGUCACAACUGCCAGAUUUAAAGAUUCUGAAUUUAGGAGGAAACAAACUCUCUGGUUCGAUUCCUUCAGCUCUAAUGGAAAAAUCCAACAAUCAGUCAGUAUUAUUAAGAUUGGACGGGAAUCCCGAGCUUUGUCUGUUGUCCACAUGCGAAAAGGAGAAGAAAAGUGUUUUUGUUCCAAUAGUUGCAACCGUGGUUCCACUAGCAGCCAUCUUCCUGGCACUGAUUAUCCUGUGGAGAUACAAAAGGAGAAAAGUUCCGCGAAGGUCUGUCAACUCCCAGAAAGAAGAAGGAUCAUCCUUAAAGUCGGACAAAAGACAAUUCACAUAUGCUAAGAUUGUCAGAAUUACCAACAAUUUUAGCACAGUUAUUGGGAAGGGAGGAUUUGGAACAGUUUAUCAUGGCCACUUGACUGAUGGAACCCAAGUUGCUGUCAAAAUGCUAUCCGCAACAUCAGCUCAGGGGUCUAAUCAAUUUAGAACUGAGAUUGAACUUUUAAUAUUAGUGUAUCACAGAAACUUGGUGGCACUCAUUGGUUACUGUGAUGAGCAAGAAAAUAUGGCACUCGUUUAUGAAUACAUGGCAAAUGGAAACUUGCGACGGCAUUUAUGAGAUUCAAGCACCAGUAUCUUGAGCUGGAGGAAUAGACUGAGAAUUGCACUAGAUGCAGCGCAGGGUUUGGAGUACUUGCAUAAUGGUUGCCGACCACCAAUAAUCCAUAGAGAUUUGAAAACUGCAAACAUCUUAUUGGACGAUAACCUAUUAGCCAAGAUAUCUGAUUUUGGGUUGUCUAGAGUUUUCGCAACUGAGAGAGACACUCAUGUAAAAACCUGUCCUGCUGGCACAUUUGGAUAUGUCGAUCCUGAAUUUUAUGCAUCAGGAAACUUAAAUAAGAAAAGUGAUGUUUACAGCUUUGGAGUAAUUCCAUUGGAGCUACUUACUGGCAAGCCUGUGGUAUUAAGAGACCAAGAGUACAGCACUCACACAGUUCAAUGGGUUGGCCCUCUAAUUGAAAGUGGGGAUAUUACUGCUAUCAUAGAUCCAAGGUUACAAGGUGAAUUCAACACUAAUUCUGCUUGUAAAACUGUGGAGAUAGCUAUGUCUUGUGUACCGCCAACUUCAGCACAAAGGCCAGACAUUAAUCAUGUACUAGCAGAACUAAAGGAAUGCUGGGAUGUGGAGAUGGUAUCUGAAAGACCUGAAAGGACACAAAACAUCACCAUGGCUUUGAGUAAUUCACUUGAGAUGAGCUUCCCUAGUGCUAGAUCUGCCUGGAAAACCGUAGAGAUUGCGUUGUCCUGUGUACCGAACUCUGCGAUCCAGAGACCAGACAUGAGUCAAGCGCUGGCUGAAUUGCAAGAAUGCUUGGCUACAGCAAUGGCUACCUGGGGCCUGAUACUGAUAUCAAUCCCAGUGCUAGAACAAAACACAAUUUGUUAUAGCAAAAUGGAUCUCAGCUCUAGAACAGCGAUCUUAGUUUUUGCUUUAGCUUUUGCAUUUCUAGAUGGCGGGUAUGCACAAGAUACUCUUGUUCCUGCCAUCAUUACAUUUGGUGAUUCAGCUGUAGAUGUUGGCAACAAUGACUAUCUCCCAACAAUUUACAAGGCCAAUUACCCUCCCUAUGGAAGGGAUUUUGUCAACCAUAAGCCUACAGGGAGAUUCUGCAAUGGGAAAUUAGCCACAGAUAUUACUGCUGAGACUCUUGGAUUCAAAACUUAUGCACCAGCAUAUCUUAGCCCAGAUGCAUCAGGAAAAAACCUUCUUAUUGGAGCUAACUUUGCAUCAGCUGCAUCAGGCUAUGAUGAAAAAGCUGCCAUGUUAAAUCAUGCAAUUCCAUUGUCUCAACAGUUGCAAUAUUUUAGGGAAUACCAGAGUAAGCUCGCCAAGGUUGCUGGUAGCAGCAAAUCAGCGUCGAUUGUCAAGGAUGCACUCUACUUAUUGAGUGCAGGAAGUAGUGAUUUCCUCCAGAAUUACUAUGUAAAUCCCUGGAUUAAUAAACUCUAUACUCCUGAUCAGUAUGGCUCAUUCCUCGUCAGUUCAUUCUCAAGCUUUGUUAAGGAUUUGUAUGGCUUGGGGGCAAGGAGAAUUGGAGUAACUUCACUCCCACCAUUGGGUUGCCUUCCUGCAGCUCGCACCAUAUUUGGAUUUCACGAGAGUGGAUGUGUUUCCAGGAUCAAUACAGAUGCCCAGCAAUUUAACAAGAAGGUCAACUCAGCUGCUACAAAUCUCCAAAAGCAGCUUCCUGGUCUUAAGAUUGUUGUCUUUGACAUCUUCAAGCCACUCUACGACCUUGUUAAAUCCCCAUCAAAUUAUGGUUUUGUGGAAGCAGCAAGAGGUUGUUGUGGGACAGGAACAGUAGAAACAACAUCAUUGUUGUGCAAUCCAAAGUCUCCAGGCACGUGUUCCAAUGCAACCCAGUAUGUGUUUUGGGACAGUGUUCAUCCUUCUCAGGCUGCUAAUCAGGUUCUUGCAGAUGCAUUGAUUACUCAAGGCUUCGCCCUCCUUUGAUUUCUUAGUACUUAUAAGUGUAAAAAUGUCCGUCCAGUGUGCUAUCACCUUUCAAUUUCAGUCUUAAUCAAAACAUUAUUGAAAGAGUUUGUCUUGAUUUUUAUGUAGCUAAGAAAAGAAAUAUCAUUUUCUAUUAAUAAUGAGAAGUUCAUUGCAAA